AUGCAAAAAGCAAGCCUGCUGAUAAUCUCUCAGCACUUCCUAGUUGCUGAAGAAACUCCAGCGGACCUGGAUAAAAGGGUGGUUUUCAAGAAGCCCGUAAAGAAGCGGGCCUCCGAAGAAGAAACAGGUGGCAACGCCAAACAGCAGAAGAGUGACAAGGGUGGGAAAUCAGACGUAAGUUCAAAAAGGACCAAAGGAAAAAAGACUGUUGCAGCAGCCAAAGGUCCUCUAUCCUUCUGUGACGAUCCAGAAGAAGAUUGUUGUAAGUUGUAA